CAGUAUAUAAGGGACAGUUCCCUCACGUAGGUAUCUUUGAUAAGUUUUGCUGUGAAAUAGUCAAGUAGUUUGCUGAGAUGUCGGCUCUGUUGUACUUGGUUGUGGUGGGCGUGGCUACCCUGCUGCCCAGCCCCACCGUCGGACACGGCUAUCUGAUAGAUCCAGCUCAACGCAGUUCCGUAUGGAGAGUACAGAAAUUCAUACCCAUGCACCCGCCCCAAAACUACGAUGACAAUGGCCUCAACUGUGGAGGAAUUUCGUAUCAAAAGGUGCAUGGAUAUAAAUGCGGCGUUUGCGGAGACCCGUGGAAAGGACCUCUCGAAAACGAGGCUGGGGGAAAAUACGCCAAAAAUAUAAUAACUGGGAGGUACCAGCAAGGAGCGGACGUAACCUUCACUGCGACGAUCACUGCAAAUCAUCUAGGUUGGUUCGAAUUCCGAGUGUGCCCUGUGGGGAUAGGAGAGAAAGUGACACAGGCCUGCUUAGAUCGGUAUCCACUGUCUCUGGCUGGCCGUCCGGGAAAUAUCCAGCAUCACAUUGGGUCCAGGAAGGGAAACAUCGAGACGACAGUCAGUCUGCCGGUUGGCCUCUCCUGUACACAUUGCGUAUUGCAAUGGAAAUACCACGCCAGUAACAGCCCUGGUCAAGCCCACCAGGAGGAAUUCAUCAACUGCGCUGAUAUUGAAAUUAUGCCAUUGGGUGGUCCAGCACCUCCUGCCCAGACUCCUUUCCCGGUUCCUUAUCAAACUCCUACCCCGAUGCCAACCGUUGUUCCACCUCUCACCACCCAGGCACCCCCAACUUCUCAGUGCAGAGGCAACCUAGGACAGGCCAGAGACAAGAAAUGCGCUGACGAAUGCUCCAGCUCGGGAUGUCCCGGAGAAGUAGCUGGAUUAAAGUGCACAUGCUCAUCUGGCUCCUGCCGUGCAUGGAGUGAUAUGGACACCUGGUGCUCUUCAAACUGUGCACUGGACAACUGUCCAGCACAAUUCUGUACAUGUAAUCUUGAUGGAAGGACCUGUCCUGGACGUAAUUCGGUUUACGACGUUUGGUGUUUGAACCAAUGUGAAAAAACCAGCUGCAACCCCGGUCUCUGCGUUUGCCCACACUAGAAUAACGUUCAUGUAAGCGAUAAAUUGGCUGACCGCAUGAAUCCAUUUGUUGAACGCCCUUGUUAGGAAGUUCUUAAUAAAAAGCUACCUUGCAUCCAAA